UGAAGAGCUCAUUCUCCGAGACUGACAAGCAGACCUACGCUACUAUUUUCUCUGCACAAACUCUGCAACAAAGCAUCAGAAAAUUUCUGACUCAGAAUUUAGCUGUGUCCUCUCCUCUCUGUCCACGUCGGCUCCUCGCUCACAAGCAAUGGCAUGCCUAGACCUAACCGCCCCUCACAUUUAUUACAUUUACUACUUUGCCACUUACCGCGCCUCUAUCUUCUUCCCCUACCUAUGCUUCUCCACGACAACGGAGCUCAACCACCAAGACCUCUGUUUUAGGGUUAGGGUUUUAUUUAAUCUACCCCGCUUUCUACGCUACGCCUUUGAAAAAUCUCGUCAAGUUCCAAGAGGUUUUUGAUUAUUUCUAUUUCGAAAGACUGUGUGGUGUUGAGCUGGAUGAUGGUGGUUUUGAGUUGACUAAUGGUAAUGGGCUAGCAGCUUUUGGUGGAAUGUAUUAAUCAGCAAUGCUUGUUUACUGCAUGUGGGUUGGGAAUGCGCAGGUCCUUUUGAGUCCUGGAAUUUGAAAUUUCAUGGUAAAUUUUGGUGUUUCUUUGAGUUAUUGUGUUUGAUUGUUAUUUUCUGUUCGAGAAAAUGAUGGAUGGGCGGCGGCAUUCUGUUGAUCUUCCGAUUUCUAAGACUCUUGUGGCACUGAGGAGGGUGAGGUCUCUAAGGGAUCCAUCCACUAAUUCUAUGAGCAAAUUCUCUGCUCCACUUGAGAAUGUAAAUUGGGAAACAAAUUCGAGUAAUGACAUUUCUAUGCGAUUCAUGAAUACUUUCCAAGAAGGUGGCUCUGACGAACAUCGUUCUUUGAGACCAAAGAAUCUGGGUUUCUACAGACACAGAGGAGAUUGCUUAGAUGAUUUUGAGCUAGAUUGUGGUUUGGAAAAAUCUAGGUUGAUCUUGCAUGAGAAUUCAGAGUGGGUUGGAAGCACAGGGAGUCGUCCUAUUAGGAGCAAACAGGCUGAAGAAUUUGAUUUUUCAGAAUCAGAUAAGGAAGAGGUUUGUGGAAAUAAAUCACUCAGUGAUAGAUACUGCAGCAGUCAAAUGGAUAAAGGAUUGGUCUUGCCACGUGUCAAUACUUGGGAGGAUGUGGAUUAUGAAGCAGAUGUCAGAUCAUCACAUUUAGAAAGAACAGAUCAGAUUACAUCAAAGCGAAAAUCACAGUGCAACAAUCGUGUAAAUCUGUGUGGGGAAGUUGGUGAGGUUACAAGUGAAGUAGGCAGUCCAUGCCCCUCAGCUAGUGAUGCUUUAUCAAGCCAUAGUGCACCUUUAUUUGCAAAUGAAGCGGUUGAUGCUGUAGAUUGCAAUCGUCCUAGUUGUGAGGUCAGCUGCUGCUGGUCAAGACAAGGGAAGUUCAUACCCACGAUGGGAGAAUGGCCUGUUGGAGUUGUCUCUGAUGAUGAAUUACUUGGUUUGCUUGAUCUGGCAUUAUCAUCUGACACAUCUAGUACAGUAAUAAGGGCCAGGGAGUUGAUGAGAUCCCAGGUUGAUCCCAUGCAACUCAUAUCGCAGCUGGCAAAUCUUGUUAUGGAUAUUCUUGCUGGUAAAUGUCAGGAUGGUGCUUCUGAAGUCCAGAAAAGGUUCUCUAGCAGGCAUACAUCUGAGGUGGACUUGCAGAAACUGAGUCAUGCUUUGAAAAUAUUCUCUGAAACUGAGAAGCAAUUAAGGGUGUCCAAAAAUCAAAUGACAUGGCUUACUGCAGCUCUGCUGCAGCUAAGCUCUGUGGAGUCUUCUUCCUUGGAUGCUAAUGAUAAAAAGUUGUGUUUGAGAAGUACGCAAGACAGAGGGGAGAGCUUCAAGAACCUUGUCACUUGUCCAUGCAAUACACCGGACAAGUUGGGAAUGCAGAAGGAUAGUGAUGGAAAGUUGGAAUCCAUAUGGAAGAGAGCUACAGAUUCAUGCCAAUCCAAUUCACUCAAGAAUUUUCUGAAGAAACAAGGAAAAUUAUCUUCCUUGCUUGUUAGCCAAGGUUUAGCAAUAGCUGAAUUGGAAUUCUGCCAUCCUGAUUAUGUAUCUAAGGCUGAGAAGUCAUGGAAGAUCAUUGCCAGUUCACUUCAAUCUAUGUUUGGUUGUAAUGUGGAGGUCAGGAUCAAUCUUGUACCUUGUGCUUCUGAUUCAAAGUAUGCAAAAGUGAAGAAGCCAUCUUUUAGGUUGUUCAGCUGUUCCCGCAGAAUACAGCAGAAGUCACAAUCAUCUACUGGACGUGGAAGUGAUUCAGACUAUUCUGAGUACACAUCUGAAAUGCCUAUAUUAAGUAACAGACCUAUUUUACCUUGUUCCUCUGAUUGUGCCUAUCAAAUGCCACAUAACUGCCGUGACAGAAUGGUGGUUGUAAGUACCUUGAGAAAUAGUGAAGGAAAUAUACUCAGCACAAGGACUGCCUCAUCCCGUAGAUCAUUUGAAGAUGAUACAUCAAAGGCACCUGGGUUAAUGGUUGAUUCUUCGAAGGAAGAGGAGAGCAACCAUGAAAGCCAGGUUUUAUCGUCUGAAGAACCCGAACAUCAACCAAACUGUUUCCCUAGGGCUAUGAGGCUUCAUAAGAAGUUGCGUUCAUCAGAUGCUUCCCGGAUGACAUUUUGCACCAAACUCCAGAACAAGUUUGUGCCAAGCAGGACAUCUUUUGAAACAUGUCUAGUGGGAAAUGAUUCGUAUGUCUUCUGCAGUGGCUCUUGUAGCAACAUUGACAGCUAUAAAGACGAGGACGCAUUGAAGGAAAACUCAGGUUUGCUUUGUUGGAGAACCCCUACCCUUCCCUUGGGAAAGGCUUGGCAGCUGAGGCAUCAACGACAAAAUUCACACCCUGGUUGUUGGGUCCUUCCCUGUGCAACUGCUAAGUAGUUCUACAAAGGAGUAUCUGACAGAGAGCUGUAAUUUAUGAUGGCCGCAGAGGAGCUUCAAAGAAAUUCAUACCUUGGACAUUUCUCUUUUGUAGG